AGAAGGCCACUGUGGAGAAAACAGGACAGACAGAGGAUAGCCACUGGAAGCUUGAGACUGUGCCAAAACCCUCAAACUGCAGGAAGAAAAAGGAGAAAAAGAAGAGGCUGCAAGAAGAAGCCAAGAUCCGGAGCCUCACCAGGGAUGGCCACAGGGCCUUGCAUGCUGCUCAGAUUCAGGAGGCCUUGGGCAGCUUCCAGAAGGCCUUCCUGCUGGCCUCCAAGGCCCCAUCAACCAGAGACAGCUCCAUUCUUCAAGCCUGUGCCUUUAACUUAGGGGCUGCCUAUGUGGAGACUGGAGACCCAGCCACAGGUCUUGAGCUACUUCUGAGAGCCCACCCUGAAGAGAAGUCCGAAGGCUGGUGUCAUGGUGACCAGUGCUUCAAUGUGGCUUUAGCCCAUCACGCCCUUGGUGACCUGACUCAAGCUUUGGACUGGUACCACAGGGCUCUGGUCCAUUACCAACCACAGGGCUACCAUGGGGAGGCACAGGCAAAAAUAGGAGCCUGCUAUCAGGCCCUGGGAUGGCCUAAGCAAGCAGCCUGCAGUUUACAGGAAGCAAGCCAGGCCUAUGCCCAUGCAGGCCAGCUCUGGGAUGCAGCCUUGGCUCAGGUGGCUGCCGUGAGAUGUAUGCUGAGCAGUCGGCAGUAUGGACUGAGUGAUGUGCUGCGGGCUCUGGAGGAGAGCCGCAAGCUUGCUGAUGCUGACCGGAGCACCGACCAGGGACUGCUAGGGCCAUUCUACAAUGAUCUAGGCAUGGGUUACUUCCAACUCCAACUGUUCCCUCUGGCAGUAGAGGCCUUCCUGCAGGCCCUACCCCUGUGUCGACAGCCAUCAGAGCAGGCUACAGUGCUUCAAAAUCUUGGAAUGACCCACAAUGUCCUUGGCAACUAUUGGGAAGCCCAGGAGUUUCACCAGAAGGCUGCAAGUCUGCAUGGCUCUGUGGGCCAGCGGUGGGAGCAGGGUCGCAGCUUUAGCGGCCUGGCAUUUUCACUGAGCCAGCUGGGGGACCACAGGGCUGCCUGGGACAGCUAUUUGCAUGCCCUCCAGGCUGCCCAAGACACUGGAGACGUGAAGGGACAGUGGCAGGCGUGUGAGGGCCUUGGGGCAGCUGCAGCCAGACUGGGACAACAUGACCAGGCCUUGAAAUACUAUAAGGAAGCGCUGGCCCUGUGUCAGCACGAACCAAGUUCUGUACGAGAGCGGCUUGUGGCCAAAUUGGCAGAUGCCAUGCGGACCUUCGUGGCUCAGGAGAAGAUAGCCCAGGCUCGUUUCUUGCCCUCUGCUCCUGGAAAGCUGCAGACUUCACGGAAGGCAAAGACCUCAGCCAGGGUACAAAGUAGUGCAGAAGAUGCCCAGGAGAGUCAGUGGGAAGGUGAAGCGUCAGAAGGCGGCCAUGAGAAGAAGGAGAUGGAGGGGUUGGUGAACACGGCCACUGUGUUAGGACCUCAGAGACAGAACCGAGCCACAACCCAUCUUCCAUCUGGAGGCCCAAGUCCCAGUGGAGAGGAAUAUCCCUUCAUCAUAGCACCCAAGAAGCUCCGAGUCAGUAGGUCAUCCACAUGGGCCAAGGAAGCCCUCGGCAGGAACUUCCAGAGGACACGCAUCCAGUCCGGCCUCUGCAGCAUCAUGUGAUCUAUACCUGCUGGCUACAGCACUUACCUCUACAGGAACUUCCCGAUAGACACUUGUAUGGGCUUUGGGGAGGAGCCUCUUUAGCCGGUAUGGACAAGGUGCUCCUGAACAGACAGGCCAAGGACUCUGCUGGCUUGGCAUUGAGAGUCUCUUUGCUCUUCUUUGGGGGGGACUUGAACUCAGUAGACAAACGAAAACUGGGAAACGAAUAGUGAGCACUGUCCCUUGCUUUUCUGGAUUGGGACGUCAUGACUGUUAAAACGUUUUGCCAGUUCUAAAAAUGACUUCCUAGCUCAGGUGACUUUGGGGUCACUGAGCUUCUCCAUGUCCCCUUCUCAUGUUGGAGACACGAAUGUCAUACAACAGAAGAUAAGAGGGCACACACUCCAGUUACUGUCCCCCAUGAAUACCCAAAGUCACACAAUAACCGUGAUAAUUUUUCGACAUUUUUCGAGCAUGCUUCACACCCUGAACACUUAUAGGUAUUUCCUCACAGGAGUGCGGGAGGAAAAGAGAUGGCUGGGCACAGUGACACGGGCCUAUGAUCCUAAAGCUCAGAGAGGGCAGGAAGGUCACCGCUUCAAGGCCAGUCUGAGCUACAUAGCAAGAUGUAUCUC